ACAUAUGUGGACGGGAACUUAGAGGUGAAGUUCCUGCGCCAGACACACUAUGACUUGUCCUUUCUCAGCGAAAUCAAGGAGGUGACGGGUUACGUCUUGAUUAUCCUGAUCUACUCUGAGAUGAUCUCCUUGCCUAACCUUCGCGUGAUCCGUGGCACGGAGCUGUACGAGGGAAACCUGGCGCUCUACGUGGCCACCACCUACCACAACAGGCUGCCCACGGUUGGACUGCGGCAGUUGCAGAUGCCAAUGCUGCAUGAGAUCAUAAAAGGGGAUGUCAAGUUUGAGGAUAAUCGUGACCUGUGUUACGUUCGUACUAUCGACUGGAGCGACAUACGUGAGGAUCUUGUUCCCUGGUUUUCAGAUCAUGGCGGCUCCUGCACAGAGGAGCAUGUUUGUGCACCCAAUUGCCCUGGAGGAUGCUGGGGUCCUGGACCUGAUAUGUGCCAAGAAUUGACUCGCAAGAAUUGCAGUGGGACCUGUGACUAUCGCUGCCGGGGACCAACGCAGGCCGACUGCUGCCACAGAAGCUGUGCUAGUGGCUGUACUGGGCCGAGCAACAAAGAAUGCCUGGCUUGUCUGAAGUUCACCAUGGAUGACCAGUGCGUGGAAGCCUGCCCACCCAGCACCUUAUACAACCCCGAGACGUACCAGAAUGAACCCAAUCCAGACUUCAGAUACGCCUAUGGCUCUAGGUGUUUGCUCCAAUGCCCAGAUAAUGUCCUACGCGAAGGUGACAACUGUAUCAAUGAGUGCGGUACAGGAAUGAUUGAAAGCAGCGUACCGGGCGACAACAAAUGUGUUCCAUGUGAUGGUCCGUGCCCCAAAGUCUGUGAUGGCCCAGAAGAAGCAAUAUUCAAGGAAGAUUUUAACAACGGAUCGCUAUCCAACUGUACCAUCAUCAGGAAUAACAUCUUCAUUGGCACCGCUUCAUUUGAAGGGGAUAUAUUUUUGGGGAAGCAAGGCAUAACCCUGGAUUUGCUGGAGCGGCUGAGCACAGUGCAGGAGAUUAAAGGCUUCGUGACCGUGCAGGGCCAUCACGACCACUUCAAUAACCUCACCUUCCUGCGCAACGUCAAGAAGAUCUACGGGCGGAAGUUGUAUGGCAUCGAUGGACCCAAGCAGUAUUCGCUGUUCAUUAACAGCGACUCUAUCGAGUCGCUGGGUAUGACGUCCCUGGAGCGCAUCAACAAGGGGAACGUUCUCUUUUAUGAGAACCCCGCGUUGUGCUAUGCCGCCGAAGGCAUGUGGGAAAGUAUUGUGAAACAGCCCGGACGUCAAAGUGUGGAGUUUUAUGCCAAUAAACCUCGGCAAGAGUGCACUGCGGCAAAUCUUGUGUGUGACCCGCAAUGCGCCCCCAUUGGCUGUUGGGGGGCAGGUCCCAAGCAGUGUGCCCGAUGUAAAAACGCUCAAUUAGACGACAUGUGCAUAUUGCAAUGUGACGGAUUGUCACAGUACGUAGUGGCACAAGGCACUAGCGAAAAACCCACCAUCUGUGCCCGUUGUGACCCUGAAUGCAAGGGAAGGUGUCGUGGGCCGGGCCCUCAAAACUGUACCGAGUGCCUACACGUGCAAGAUGGUCCGUUCUGUCGGGCUGCUUGCCCGGUCUCCAAGUACCCAGACGAGAACGGAUUAUGCCAACCGUGCCACAGUAACUGUGUCAAGGAAAAGGGGUGUACUGGGCCAGAAAAUAAAGUGGGAGAGGGGGGCUGUGUGGCUUGUCAUCAGGCCCUGGUCGAGCAAGACGGCGUUACAGUUUUGGAGUGUAUGACAGAUGGUGAGCCGUGUAGCAACAACUCCUUCUCAUUCCACAUUGCAUUAUCAAGCAAACUGCCUCUCAGGGGCUACUCGCUCUGCCAGGAGUGUGACAGCAACUGCCUGGGCUGUUUCGGUGCCGGUCCCUCCAAAUGCAAGAAGUGCAUGAAGUACAAGCGAGGUCUGGAGUGCGUGAAAGAGUGUGGCGCCAACCAGUUCCCUGACGAGGAUAACAGCUGCCGGGACUGUGACCGGCAGUGCAGAGAAUGCUCCGGGGGGAGCUCCCCCUAUGAUUGCGCCGGCUGUCAAAACUUUGAGGUUCUGGAGAGCGACAAUGUGACCUUUUGCGCCAAAGAGUGCCCGCCCGCCUACCCCUACGACGAUCGCAACUCCCACUGUGUGGCCAACUGCUCGGAGGGCGAGUUUGCCAACACGGAAAAAAACCAGUGCAUGGCCUGCCACCAGCAGUGCCUGGGCGGUUGCUACGACGACCGCCGGAGUUCCUGCUUCCAGUGCCUGAACGUCAAGUACGACAGCGAGUGUUUAGAGGAGUGUCCCAAAGACUACACAAACAGCAGUGGCGUUUGCAUGCGAGAUCCAGCCCUCAUACCCAACACAAAACCACAAAAAGAUCAGGUUCCCAUCGGCACCAUAGUGGGUGUCACUGUCUCAGUGAUUGCCAUUCUCGUCCUCGUUAUUAUUGCUUACUUCGUUUACCAAAAAAUGACAAAGAGCGGCUACAUUCCACCUGCACUGGCUUUGAAGGACCUUCAAGGCGCUAGUUAUGGCAAUGGGCCUCUGACCCCAAGCGGCGCAGCGCCCAACCAGGCCCAGCUCAAGAUCAUCAAGGAGACGGAGCUGAAGCGGGGAAGCAUCUUGGGCUCAGGAGCCUUCGGCACGGUGUACCGGGGCCUGUGGAUCCCGGAGGGUGAGACCAAGAUCAGGAUCCCUGUGGCCAUCAAGGUGCUGCGGGAAGUGUCUCCGUCAGCAUCUGAAGAGCUCCUUGAGGAAGCCAAGGUGAUGGCCUCAGUGGACCAUCCCUACCUACUGCGCCUGGCCUGCGUCUGCAUGGCUCAGGAGAUAUCGCUCAUCACGCAGCUCAUGCCGCUGGGUGCUCUGCUGGACUACGUCCGUGAACACAAGGAUCGGAUCGGGUCACACCAUCUCCUCAACUGGUGCUACCAAAUAGCUCAGGGUAUGGUGUACUUGGAGGAGAAGCACCUGAUUCACCGUGACCUGGCGGCGCGUAACGUCCUGGUGCAGACCGCGCAGCAAGUCAAGAUCACUGACUUCGGACUGGCCAAGUUCCUUGAUGUGGACGAGAAUGAAUUCCAGGCGCAGGGAGGCAAGAUGCCUAUCAAGUGGUUGGCCUUGGAGUGCAUUCAGUACAGACGCUUCUCCCACAAGAGCGACGUCUGGAGUUUUGGUGUCACGAUGUGGGAAUUGAUGACCUUCGGCAGUAAGCCUUACGACGGCGUCCGAGCCAAAGACGUGCCGGACCUCCUGGAGAAAGGCGAGAGACUGCCCCAGCCCCAGAUCUCCACCAUCGACGUCUACAUGCUCAUGGUCAAAUGUUGGAUGUUGGAUGAAGAAAGCCGGCCUUCUUUCAAGCAGAUGUCUGAUGAGCUGGGCCGGAUGGCCAAGGAUCCAAAACGGUAUCUGGUCCUGCAGAAUGAUGGGGACGGCACCCUGGCCGGCCUGCCCAGCCCCGUCCCCAGCGACUUCUACAAAUCCUUGAUCAACGAUGAGAUAGACGGUUCCAAGAACACCGAUCUCUUCAUGGACGCCGACGAGUAUCUGCAACCCAUGAGCCUGAACAACAAGGAGCACAGACAGCCUCCGAAUGAAUUCUUCCCCAGGACGAGCGGAGCGGACUUCGUUGCCGGUAACCCUGUCAUGUCCCCGACCUUCCCGUACUCCCUCAGCUCCCCGCCAGCCAAGGCUAGCCCGGCCCGCAAGGACAGUUCCAUGCGGUACGCUCCGGAUCCUGUCCAUGCCAUGCAGCUGGAGAGACAACGAAGCAACAACAGCAACGAUGGCGCUACAGCUGUCCAGAUUGACGACGAGGAUUACCUGACGCCAAGCAUCAAAGCUGACUACCACGAUCUCACCAAAGACAAGCCACUCUUUGAGGAGCCUCAGUACCAGAACGAUCCCAAGUUCAACAGCCCACCACUGGCCGAGGACAACAGCUACCUUCCCCUGAACACCAGCACGUCGGGACCUCCCCCUCCCCCCACUACGUCACCUCCGCCCACUGGCGUGGGCGUGGACAACUUGGAGUACCAUGCCUUGCUAAACCCCGCCUCCCCUCCGGUCAUUCCAGGCAACCCCUGGAAGACCCAGGGCCAGGAGGAAGACCCCAGGUACAUGAACGAGGAGCAGAUGGGCCACAAUCAGCCUCUGCUGGCUGGCGAGCAGCCCAGACCUCUGUACUCGCCAAGUCACUCCAGCAGUCGCCCUGGAAGCUCCCUACGCAGCAACGGUAGCAGCAGCGUGGGCGUCAGGCUGUCUGGUGCCGCCAGCGACAACGAAGUGGAGCAUGAUUACAUCAAUAGUGAAGUACCAGGUGUCCGAGGCGAGACCAGUAUCUAAGACUUACUUAGAACCGCGAUAGUGCAGGAGUCGUGUUUAUAUUUUUCAAAGGAUGAAUGUACUCUUAUAUGCAAUGCAGUACUGCUUAUGGCAGCCGAACCGAGGAAAAAAACAGUACUGAAAGCUUGUAUUUUUUUUAUGGGCGCUAGAGGAGAGACUAUAUUUUAAAUAGAGGGUGGCGCGGACACAGUGACUGUGGAUAUGUCGCUUGAAAACCCAGGAGGGUUUCUGUAAAUGCUGUACAAAACGCUUUGGAAGAUUGAAACUGCCAAACACUGACUUCUUCUCAGUGCCUAUAUGCAGGACAUAUGAACUGCCGUCAGUACGCGGAUUAACAGAUGUGCGGCAAGGGACGAUAUGCCAGGCAGUCAGGUCAGGUUGGACUUUACGAGUUGACCAGCUUCCAAAUCAAAUCGCACUGAGUUGCCUUGCCGGGAGUCAAGGUUUCCAGACCAAGAUGGUCAAAGCAAACAAAGCUGCGUAACGUUUUAAUAUUGCAAAUUGAGUUCGCCAUUUAUCCAGGCAGAUUUUUACGAAUGUUUUGAAGUAAUCCAGUUUUUUUAUGUUGUAAAAUACCAGAGUGGUGAUUUAAAAUGGUCCCAGUGUCCGCAGGUAAAGUGUAGUAUGUAAGUUGAAAAGUGAUCGGUUUUACAGAGUAUUUGUAAACAUGAACACUGUGCUGAUUUUCACCAAUAACUUAAAUUUUUUAUUUGCAUUUAAAAAUGACGUUAUAAAACAAGUUGUUUGUUAGAUUAGACUGUGAAAUUGAUCCUUCACAAAAUAUCUCAUGAGUUGGUUUAUAUUAAGCUACCGAGGAGAAAAUUACCGUUCAUUCCCCCGAAAACACUGCACCCAUGAUACUGGCUAAAAAUAUAUAAAAAUGGACCUGAAGCAGGUUUUUUUUUUUUUUUUUUUUCAAGCAGGUUUUUUUCCCCAAAAAUAAGCCAGUUUGGUAUCUCGACGUAGUAGUCGAAGUCAAAGGUAAUUCGGGAUAAAAUGGAAGCGUCUUGUAACCGCGAUGUUACGUCAACGCCCAUUUUGCGUUGUGUGACCGUUUCCUUGCGCGUUCAUGCGCCUUCGCUGAGCUUGACUCGUAUCAUUGCAUGCAUGCGCAGUUCAAAUACCGCACUGGCUUAUUGGCCAGAGUGCGUACCUUUUAGUGGUUCUUUUUUUAACUGGUGCAAUAUUUGUGCCACAUAUGUAUAUAUAUUGUCCAUUGCAAUUUUUAUGUUUUAGAUAUCGUGAAACAUUAAACAAAUUCUGUGUGCAGUGUUGUAGUAUAUUUGACAAGACACAGAAGUGUCUUUUUUUCCCGAGAAGUUGACCAACUUUUUAUGGUACUAUUAUUAGAGAAUAUGGAAUUCUUUUUUUAUCUAAAGGGGUUGGGCUGUGUUGAAUUUAAGUUUAUAUGCUGGCCAAAAUAUUAGAUGCUUAAAUUUUACUGUGAUUAUGUACAGAACAACUCUUAAUGCAUGACUUUUUGUAAUUUUUUCAACAAGGGCAAAGUAAAGAAACCUUUUUGAUCAACUCAACUUUUCUUUGAAACACUUGGAGAAGCAUGGUCUGUGCAAGGGCUGGAUUUAUUUUUAAAACGUGUUCUGCAUAAUUCAUGAAAAACGACAAUGUGAAAUUUGUUGCAAUAUGAUUUUGUCAAUUUGCUUUUUCUUUUUUGGCAAAAUGAUGAGCGAGUCAUGGAAAAAAAACGAAGCAAUUUCAUUUAGUUUUUGCUGAAUCGUUUUACUUAGCAAAAUACUUGUGUGUAGAAAAGGUCAUUUUUGUUUUAAAAUAUUUUUGAAUAUAAUGCUUCCUUUAUAACCUAUGUAUGUAUAUUUUAAAGUUUUUUUAAUCUGUAUGUAAUUGGAAUAUUUAGGCAUGUAAUUAGCAAGCAUAAAAAUUUUGGAAGUGUAGAGUGCAUUCAUAUAAGUUCGCUUUUCAAAAACUGCACAGCUGUGUAUAGGACUUUGUCUGGAAAGGUUACCACAAUAAAGCAGGAUCUCCAGGGACGGAAAACAAAAGGGAAAAAACCUAAAUUGUUAUUGACUAAGCUACAGCCAUCUUGGAAUAGUGCCCAGUGCCCACAGGUGGGUUGCUAAUGCAUGGGUUGUUGGCACCAGACUAGUUGCAGGAAUCUCUAUGAUAUUUGUGGACUUGCUUCAUUAGAUACAAGUAUAUUUUUUAGGUGUAUGGUUUCGUGAGAAAUUGCAGUCUGUUUAAAUUUGUCGGCAGCCAAGUUGAGCCCAAUUCGUUAUCUGAUGGUGCAGUGUUUAGCUGAAGUUGCAUUGAUUCAUGUUUUGAAGCAUGAGGCAGCAUUAUACGCUUAACAUAUCAGAGAGAAACACAGGAAAAGUACACAAAUCAAGUGAAAGCCUGAUCCAUUUCUAUCUUGGUAAAAACAUAAAAACUGGAAAAAAAAACCUGCCAAAUUAUCCAUAAUCAUGUGACCUUUAAUAUCAAUGACAUAUCUAGAAUUGGGCAACGCAUGCCAUGUAAUGCACACCAUUAAAGUAGAAAUGUGUUGUCUUCAAAGCACAAAUUAUUUGUGAAUGUUUUAAUAUUUUUUUUAAAUUCAAUAAUAUGUGGAUUCAUGUGUGCAUAAACUCUAAUCUUUGUGUUUAUGUGGUAUGCCACCAUAUUUUUUUAUCAGAAACUGUGCAUUAUUACAUAUCCAAGUGGUUAUUUUUGUUUUGUUUUAGUAAAGCGCAAUGCUUAUCAGUGUUUUAGGGUAAAAAACAAAACUUGUUUUUUUUUUUCUGAAUCGAGUAACUUUUACUUAAUGUGCAGUGGCAGAUGUCUUCACUACAUAUUUUGAUUAUGAAAAGGGCAUUUCAGCCUUAUAGCUAAUGAUAAUGGCUAGUGUUUUAAUGUUUAGCUGAAAAUAUGUUUUAAUAAAGAUUUUUUUUUUCCAAGGAAGGAAACAUCAGAAAGAAACAACUGGAUAUUGUUUUCUUGGAAUUAAACAUUUCGAUGAAUGGAGAUAUAUCAUCAAACGUACAAAGCCACAAACAGAUUUUUUUCUAAAGAAUUUUUGAUCAGUUGCAGAUUUGGGAAAACAGUUCAAGAAGUCACAGGAAAGUGUAAUAAGCUCAGGAUAUGCAAAUUUUGAAGCAUCGAUAUACAUAUUUUUUUGUUUGUUUGUUGUAUAUUUCCUUUUGUAAUUUAUUUCAUGUCUUAAUGAGCGUUUAAUUGUAUUUGCUUGAAUCAGAACUGUUUUUGUGUUUCGCUUUAAUUGGUCUUAAAGGCCUGAGCAGUAUUAAUUAAGUGUAUAUUAAGGAAUGAUUUUUGAAAGUACUAUUUGCUUGCUGUUAGGGCAUCGCAGAACUAAGAAAAAAGUUAGAGCUGUGUUCAAAUCUUUUUGGAUGAAAGCAUACCUGCAGGGAAGAAAAUGAUACCCAGUACUUAUCCUUAUCCACUUGAAUUCAUUAUCGUAGAGAACAUUUUGUCUUUCUUGAAGAAGUUCCCCUGGUAAUAUUUAAUCUCAAAAUAUUAACAAUUUUCUGAAUUUUUUUCUCUCUAAAAGUGGUGGGGAAAGGGGGAGGGGGAAGCAUAUCAUUUGUGCACAUGGCCUUUGUUUCUUUUGCACAUUUGCCAUGUAGAAAGUACCAUGAAAAUCCUGUAUGAUGUAAAACACGUCAGCUUACUUUUUCGGUGUCCAUCUCUUUUGUGAUGUAAAUUCUGCAAUAAAAAAAUGCUUUAACAUGCUUCCCCCUUGACAAAAAAAAAAGGAAAUGCCAAAAUACUCUGUGUUCAGUUGUGGAAAUGCCUUCACAAUGAGAAGUGCAUUGCUGGUCAAGCUUCUAUCGUUUGCUUAUUGCAACUGUCAUGUUUUUUUUUUUUAAUACCACUGGUCCAUAUCCUUAUUAGAAAUAAGUGUCUUCAAAAUUGUUCUUUUUUUUUGUAAAAUGCUGCCAGAAAUUGUAACAUGUCAAUUUGUUUUGACGUUUUCAGCGUCAAACUUUACUUACAAGAUUGUUGUUCUGAACAUUAAUACAAGCUCUGUGUACUCAAGUUGACCAGUUAUAUUUAUGACGUAUACAAAAUACAUAUUAAAGUCAAAAGUACUUUUUGGAGUUAAGUGUAAAAUGCAAGAGAAGCGAAAGUGAUAUAUUUUGUUUUGUAUAUUUAAUAAUGCACGAUGGCGAGUAUAUGCUAAACACUGCCAGGAUUAAAAAAAACAACCAAUAUAUUGGUGUACUAAUCAUAAUUAAUUUGAUUUUCAGUUGAUUCUGAAGUAAACAAGACUCUGUAUGUACAUGCAUAUUAUUGAUCAGUUCAUUAUUGUUUUCUUUGUUGCAUUAAUAUGUUAUCGUGUAAUCAAAUUUUCUGAGCUUGGGAAAACUUCUUAACCGUGAAAUAAAGCUACUGCUCCUUGUAAAUAUUAUUUCAAACACA